CAUGAAAGGCAAAACGAUGCGUUUUAGUCUCUCCAUCGCCGCCACUGCCACAACCAAACCCUUCUUCUCCGAUCUCUCCCCUCGCCUCCGCCGCGCGACCGCCAUGUCGCAGCCGCAUUCGAUUCCCGCAAACGCCCCCGAAUCUCCGACCACAUACCCCGUGCCGCUCUCUCCUCCGUUGCCGCCCUUAUCGAAGCAGGUGGAGCUGGCCAGAGCCAUGUCCGCCUCCUCCAGAUCGGGCGCCUUCUCGCUCUCCCGGAGCCACGUGGUCUACGAGGACGAGUGGCUCCUCGCCGUCAACAAGCCCUCCGGAGUUUACUGCGAGAGCGUCCUGGCCUCGGCCCCUCCCGUCGUCCUCGGCGAUUCCGGCGUUCCGGGGUGCACUGAAGCUGUGCCUGAGCUCCACCUUGCUAAUCGACUUGACCGGGACACAAGUGGUGUUAUGUUAAUAACCAAAUCGCAUAAAGUAGCUUCUAGGCUUGUGAAGGCAUUUACUGAGCAUAAGGUGAGAAAAACAUACAUAGCUCUCUGUGUUGGAUUAGCGCCAAAGUGGGAAACAAUAACCAUUCGAUCAGGCCAUGGUCGGUCAAAGUUUGGAGCUUGGAGGGUCUAUGCAGCACCAGAUGUGGGACGGACUCUGCCAGGUGGGUCUUUGGAGGACAUGGAAACAUCAUUUGAGGUAUUGUCUGUAAAUGGUCAAUUGAAGUCCAAGCAACCAGUUAAGCAGGGAAAAGAUGAUGAGAAUAUCAUAGUAGUUGAAGAGAAAUCUUUUAUCGAGGAUAAUGGAACGAAAGAUGUAGUUUUGGCGAGAGCAUACCCUCGGAGUGGUAGGACGCAUCAAAUCCGCUUGCAUUGCCAGUAUCUUGGGAUUCCCAUAAGAGGUGAUGUGAAGUAUGAGGGUGUGUAUGAGGGGGAAGGGCAAAUAUAUGACUACCACACUCUUCAUGCGGAGAGCUUGUCCUUUGAGCACCCAGUAACCGGUGUGCCCCUGAUGUUUCGGGCACCUCUACCUGCGUGGGUUGCUGAGUGCUGCCCUAAUGAGAUCCCACCUGCUUUUUCUUCAAAUGAAAGUCAUGUUAGAUGAUUUCUUAAGAAGAGAAAAACGACUAUUUUUUUUUUUUUUAAUUGCACCUGCAAUGGUAUGUUAGCCAAAGCAAAGAAUUAAGCAACUUGA